AACAAAAACACUCAGACACCCUCUUCAUCUUUCUCUCUCCUCCGUAUGGAUCUGUUCUUCCCUUUUUCAUUCUCUCUCUAAUUUUCUCUCUCCUAUUUUUUUUUUGAUCCAAACCUCUGUUCCUUUCUUUCUUCUUGGUGUAAUCUGCUGUUUUUCGCCUGUAAAUUUCGCAAUUGAUCGAUGAUUGAGUGAUUGAGUUGAAUUAAACGAACGUUGUAAGCAAGUAUGGCUUCAGUAGGUGUUGCACCUACUACUGGUAUUAGAGACUCUAGUGGUAAUGGUGUUGAUAAGCUUCCCGAGGAAAUGAAUGACAUGAAAAUUAGAGAUGAUAAGGAUAUGGAACCAACAGUUGUUGAUGGCAAUGGCACCGAGACCGGGCAUAUAAUAGUGACAACAAUCGGCGGGAAGAAUGGCCAGCCAAAGCAGACUAUUAGCUACAUGGCAGAGCGUGUUGUUGGACAUGGUUCUUUUGGGGUUGUUUUUCAGGCAAAGUGCUUAGAAACAGGGGAAACUGUGGCUAUAAAAAAGGUUCUUCAGGACAAGAGGUACAAAAAUCGCGAGUUGCAGACAAUGCGUCUUCUUGACCACCCAAAUGUCGUGUCUUUGAAACAUUGUUUCUUUUCAACAACGGAUAAGGACGAACUGUACCUUAAUUUGGUGCUUGAGUAUGUUCCGGAAACUGUCCAUCGCGUGAUCAAGCACUAUAAUAAAAUGAACCAGAGGAUGCCUCUGAUUUAUGUUAAACUAUACACUUACCAGAUUUUCAGAGCCUUGUCAUACAUUCAUCGCUCUAUUGGUGUUUGUCAUCGUGAUAUUAAGCCUCAAAAUCUCCUGGUAAAUCCUCAUACGCACCAGCUGAAGCUUUGUGACUUUGGAAGCGCAAAAGUUCUGAUAAAAGGCGAGCCUAAUAUUUCUUAUAUCUGCUCUAGAUACUAUAGAGCACCAGAGCUAAUAUUCGGAGCAACAGAAUACACUACAGCUAUUGACGUCUGGUCUGCUGGCUGUGUGCUUGCAGAACUGCUUCUUGGACAGCCUCUAUUUCCUGGCGAGAGCGGAGUUGAUCAGCUUGUUGAGAUUAUAAAGGUGUUGGGCACUCCAACGAGAGAAGAAAUCAAGUGUAUGAAUCCCAACUACACGGAAUUCAAAUUCCCCCAAAUUAAAGCUCAUCCAUGGCACAAGAUAUUUCACAAACGAAUGCCUCCUGAGGCUGUUGACUUGGUUUCUAGGCUCCUACAGUAUUCUCCUAAUCUCCGAUGUUCAGCUCUGGAUGCCUUGACUCAUCCCUUUUUUGAUGAGCUUAGAGACCUAAACACCCGCUUGCCAAAUGGACGCUUUCUACCCCCGCUGUUUAACUUCAAGCCGCUUGUGUUGAAAGGAGUGCCAGCAGAAACAGUUGUCCGAUUGAUCCCCGAGCAUGCAAGAAAGCAGUGUUCAUUUCUUGGAUUGUGAAAUCAAAUUUGAUGAGAUUAUGAAGAGCAGAGGAAAUCAUUAUUAUUAUGGAAGAUGUGGUUUCGUAGUCUAAAUAUCUGUUCCUUUUUACUCCUUUACAUAUUUUCUGGUGCCCCCUUCUAUGUUAGUAUCUUUUUCCCCCUUACACCCUAUGUUGUAAAAGCAGCUUUUAGAGAGAGAAAUGAACAAUUGCAAGUCCUGCACAAGACCUGAAUAUGGCUGUCUUUUUUUUUUUUUUUUUUUUUUUUUUUACUAUGGUUUAUAUUUCUAACUGGUUGUAAUUUAUCACCGAAAGUAACAGCCAACCUUAAUCGGAAGUGUAUGUUGUGAUAUAGAAUUAUGGUUCGAUGGUUGCGCCUCA